ACCAUGACCAGUCCCCAGCCCACCAUAGAAGGAGGAGUUCCUGAGGUCGAGAUCAUCUCCCAACAAGUAGAAGAAGAAACCAAAAGCAUGGCUCCGGUCCAGCUGGUGAACUUGGCUUAUCGAGACUUGCCCCUGGCUGCCCUUGACCUCUCGGCUGCUGGCUCACAGCUCUUAUCCAACCUGGAUGAGGAAUUCCAAAGGGAAGGGUCCAACUGGCUGAAGCCAUGCUGUGGAAGGCGGGCCUCGGUGUGGCAGGUGUUCUUACUCAGUGCGAGUCUCAACAGCUUCCUGGUAGCCUGCGUGGUCCUGGUGGUGAUUCUCCUGACACUGGAACUGCUAAUAGAUAUAAAGGCUCUCCAGUUUUCAAAUUCAUCCCAGUUUGCUGGAGUCAGCCACUGGAUCAGCCUGGUCAUCCUGUCUGUGUUCUUCUCAGAGACAAUUCUACGCAUUGUGGUCCUUGGGAUCUGGGAUUAUAUCGAGAACAAAAUAGAGGUGUUUGACGGAGCUGUGAUCAUCUUAUCCUUGGCCCCCAUGGUGGCAUCCACCGUCGCCAAUGGCCCCAGCAGCCCAUGGGAUGCCAUCAGCCUGAUCAUCACCCUGCGAAUAUGGAGAGUCAAGAGAAUCAUCGAUGCCUAUGUCCUGCCGGUGAAGGUGGAGCUGGAGAUGGUCAUUCAGCAGUACGAGAAAGCCAAGGUCAUCCAAGAUGAGCAACUGGAGAGGCUGACGCAGAUUUGCCAGGAGCAAGGGUUUGAAAUCCGGCAGCUGAGGGCCCACCUGGCCCAGCAGGACCUGGACCUGGCCGCCGAACGAGAGGCGGCCUUGCAGGCCCCUCAUGUCCUCAACCCACAGGGCAGUGCCAGGUACAAGGUGGUGGACACGGGAGACUCGGACGAUGACGAGACCACGGAGAACAUCACAGAGUUGCGGCCCCCUCACGAAGCCACGGAGAAGGAUAACAUGAAAAGCUACAUCAGCCAGUAUCACAAUGAGCCUAGCAGCGACAGUGGGGUUCCUGAGCCGGCCAUCUGUGUUAUCACCACAGCCGCCAUUGACAUCCACCAUCCUGACACCUCUUCUGACCGAUUCACAGUGGACAUGCCCCUGAAACUGGGUAGCAAUGGCACGUGUCCCAGCAUCACAUCCGGGAGCAUGUCCUGCUCUGUGGGCAGCUCAGUCACAUGGGCCCAGAGUGACAGUAGUCAGACCUUGGGUUCCUCAACAGACUUCAGCACGACCCGGGAUGAGUCAUCAGAGCUCUGCCCUUUGGAACAAGUGGGGAACUUCCCCCCAGUGAAGCCCUCCCAGCCCCAAGUCAACAGCACUGUGGUCCAGGAACUACUGUCCUCCUUCUCAGAGGAUUCCUGCUUAGCACAAAAAGGUUUGGACCUAGUAAAUCUCAGAAGGCCUAGCCCAGCCAGUUCGGCCCUGACCAGCCCAGAGGUGGAACACAGGGUGAAGAUGUAUAAUGAGAAGAAUCAAGAAGGCUUCACCGUCUUUCAGAUCAAGCCAGUCAUCCAUGUUCAGCCAAACCCCACCAUGUUUGAAGAUAAGUACAAGUCUUUGGAAUCCAAAGAUCAGAAGUUGAACCAGAUCCCAGAGUCCUGA